AUGGGAAGCUUUGUAUUCAAGUGGGACCACCCUGCCGAAGAGGUCUAUGUUACCGGCACCUUUGACGACUGGUCGAAGAGCGAAAAGCUGGUGAAGCAGGGCAACUCUUUCUCCAAGGACGUUAGACUCCCCAGUGCGGCCGAGAAGAUCUACUACAAGUUUGUCGUUGAUGGAAAUUGGGUGACUGACCAUACUGCUCCCCAAGAAAACGACGCGUCGGGGAAUCUGAACAACGUCCUCACCACAGACCGAAUCGUGAAGCACACCCCCGCCACAGCUGGAAUCAUGUCUGGGGUUACUCCGACCUCGACAACCGCCAGCCUGGCAAAGGAUGUACCUCUCGAGAAGGAGAAGGCUCCUCUCCAGAACACUGGCUCCUCCGAAUUGCCAGGAGCUUUCCCUGAGACGCCCGGGGCUGUUGAGAGGAAGGAAUUCUCUGUCAACCCACUGCCCGCUGCAGAUGGUGCCGUCAACCCCAUAAAGCUGGCGCCUGGUGAGAAGGUCCCCGAUCCAAGCACCUUCACCAACAACACAAUAACCUCAACUAUCCGUGACGAUCCUGAGCUUGUUGCGGCAGACAAGGCCAAGACCGAGGGCGAGCGCACCUUCAGUGUCAACCCACUCCCAGCUUUCGCCGGCGCCGUCAACCCCGUAAAGUCCACGCCCGGAGAGAAAAUUCCUGAGCCAAACACUGUCACUCGCAACACCAUCGACUCAUCAGUCACCACCGACAAGGAGACGUAUGAGAAGAGCGGCGGGCUUGGAAAAGCUCCUGUUCUCCCACCUGUUAUCACCCCUGCUGCGGACAGAAUCUCGAACGGCACUGGUGUUCUCGAUAUGCCUCCUGCGAUCGGGCUGAUCCCAGAAUCUAGCUUGCCAAUGGGCUCUUCAGGUAUCGGCACAUUCGAUGCCAGCCCUACUAUUCAAUCUGUCGGUCCAUCAAGCACCACUGCCGAACUUGCCGCAGCAGUACCUCUCGAAUCCGCUAAGGUUCCAGAGAUUGUCAAGGGAAGCCAGGAGAAGGCACACGUUGAACCCGAAGCCAGCGCUAUUCCAGAAGAGGUCAAGGAGAAGAGCGCAGUUGAAAAGGAGCUUCUUAAGGAGGUACCAGUUGCGCCAUCUACAUCUGAAGGCACUGCAGGAAAGGGUACAGACAAGUCUGAGAAGAGUGUCACUGCAGGUGAGGCCGCGGCUGCAAUUGGUGGCGCAGCCCUGGCUAUUGGGGGUGCUGCUACUGUUUACGCAUCCGGCGCUGCAAGCAACCUUCCAGAUUCUGUGACUAGCAAACUGCCCGAAUCCGUCCAGAAGUCGAUUGCGUCCAUCAAUGCGAAGGCCGAUACCACCCCUCAGACUCUCGCUCAGGAUACACCAGAAAUCGUCAAGGAGUCGAUUGCCGAAUCCGGCCAGGCACCAGAGGCUGCUGCGAACGAAGAAGCUGUGUUGGAAAAGAAGGCCGUGGAGAAGGAGCUGCUGUCUGAGGUCAAGCCUGAGACAUCCACCGGCGACUCUGCACCCAAGAUCGCAUCUUCCGAACCAAAGAGUGCCCUCGCUGCCCCAGCCGGAGCUCCCGCUGCUGCUGUGUCACGUGACGUCUCCCCUGGAACCGUCCCAGGCUCGCACAGCGCUGCGAAUCAGACUGCACUAGUAGUUACCACAGGCAUCGCCAGCGCUACAACCGACGAGGUUUCAGCCGCAUCCGCCCCCGUUUCUGCAGCCAAAGAUGCCACUGCUCAACCCGUCUCUGCCCCAGCGAAAGAUGUUUCUACCCCAACAAAAGAGACUGAGGCACCAUCUACUCCAUCCAAGGACACCCCUGGAGGCAGCAAGGCAGCUGAUAGCCCCGGCAGCGUAUCCACUGCCGAAAAGAAGAAGAAGAAUCGCCUAAGCUUCUUUGGUAAGAUCAAGGCCAAGCUUCACAAGGAUAAGGAACCAAGCUCUUCUUCUUGA